ACAUGGAUUACAUGGGAAAAUACGAGCAGGAGAAGUAAUAUUCUAAUAUAAACCUGGUAAAGUACAGGACAAGUUAUUACACUUGGAAAAGUUCAGGACAAUUAUUACAUCUGGUAAAGUACAGAACAAGAAAUUUUUUACUUAAAAUACUGUAGCUAAGAAUAAAAUUUGAAUAUUAAAAAUUAUUUGACUUUAAUUUACAAAGUAACAUUAUAAUUAAAAAAAGGUACUAUCGUUUUGGUAAAAUAUUGACACACUAAAAUACUUAAAAAAUGAGAGCUAGAAGUAUCAAUAUAGUUAAAGUUUUAUGCAAAGUAGAAUAGUAUAUAUCGUAGGAAAAUUCAUUAUGUAAAAGAUAAGCAUUGGGUCAAAACUAAACCUGUGAAGACUUAGCAAUAACUUAGGCAAUAACUCAAGCAAAUCUUACUGUGAAUUUGUUGUUAUAGGUAGAUUUUACUGUAAUAUGUAACUAAUUUUUGUAUUAUUCUAUUUAUUGUACUGACUAAUUAUGUACUACUAUUAUUUUUUAUAAUCUAUUUUCAAAUUUCUAAUUUUUUAUAAAAAAAUUUUUUAAUGAAUUUCUUUAAGUGCAAAAAUUAUUUUCAGUAAUUUUUUAUUUUUAAUAUAAGUAACAAGUAAUAACAAAUAGAAGUAAUAACUUGUAAUAAAAUUUUUAGUUUUUUCUAAAUCUAAAUAUUUUAUUUGAAAUUUUAUCCUUAGCUGCAAUAUUUUAAGUAAAAAUUUUCUUGUUCUGUACUUAACCAGAUAUAAUAACUUAUCCUGUACUUCUCCAGAUUUAUAAUCUUAAGAAUAUUAUUUCUCUUGCUCGCAUUUUUCCUCGACUAAUAAAGACAAAUCAAGUUGAGCUGGCGUGUGUAGAGUGAAAGCUUUGCGGUAGAAACAUGGGAGAUGAACAUACACACACACAAACUAUAUAUAUACACAUUUAAAAGUCUUUGCAAGAAUAUCAAAGAAUGGAGUUAACUAACUGCGUUUAUUGCCUAAAGGCGCCUCCAGGAGAAACUUAGUAAUGCGGGACAAGAUUAUUUUCGAAUCUAAGGAGAAAUUGUACCCUCUCAAAAUACAAGGAUUCCGAGUUUGUUUUCCCCGGCCACUCACUGAGGAACCUGAAUAAAAAUAAUCACGGAUCCCUUUUUUGCUUGAAGUAAAGUCUCUCGCAGUUUACUGAAAUUAUCACCUGUUUUAACUGAGUUUCUUUCUGGGUACACGUCUGCAUAUGAAACGCCCCUUAUAAUCUGUACCCAAGCAUUCAACGGGCAUCUUUUCUGAAUGUCUGACAAUACAGUGAAGGAUAGUAUGAUACCAGUUGCCGAAAAGAAGAGACAGUAAGAAGAGAUUUAGUUGAGGUACAUUAUUGUGUCUGUGUUGUCGGAGACAAAUCAAACAGUCAACAUGGAAUAACCAACAUAUGUGAUCUACCAGUUACCAAGGAGUGACUAACGUAAGAAACCUACCAGUUAUCAAGGAGAAACUGAUGUGUGCAAUCUACCAGUUACAAACGGAGUAAAUAACGUUUGUAGUCUAUCAGUUACCAUCGAGUAAACAACGUUAAUAAUCUAUUAUUUACCAAGGAGUAACCAACGUACGUAAUCUACCAGUUACCAUGAAAUUAAAUAAUGUGUAUAAUCUGCCAGUUAACAUGGAGUCAGCAAUGUAUGUAAUCUACCAGUUACCAUGGAAUAACCAACGUGUGUAAUCUGCCAGUUAUCGUGGAAUAACCAAAGUUUGUUAUCUACCAGUUACAAUGGAAUAAUCAACGUGUGUAAAUCUACAUGCUUGUGCGACGUGCCUCACCUACUUAAUUUGUCACGUGACCUAUUUCCUCACUAAUGCCAUGUAACUUGUCUACCAGCUUGUGUCACAUGCAUUGUCUACAAAUCUACCAAAAACCGUGAUUUUUAAGUGUAAGCAUUGAACAACAACUACUACUACUACUACUUCCACCAUCACCACUAACACCACCUCCACCAUCACUACUAUUAUUCAUCCCUAAACCUUAUUUAGAGGCUAGAAGGUGAAAUGAGAUUGUAUGACGUGUUGUGAUGUGAAUGCCUUUCUCAAGUGAUUUCGAGGCGAAAUUUAGCUGAAUAAGAAUGGCUACAAUCAGGAAUCCUAAACAGGUUUCAAAGUCAGUUUGUAAAGAGAUAACGUCUACCAUACAAUACUCUCUACAGCAACACCAACAACAACUAAAGCUACUCUCAAACCGAACUGAACAGCAGAAAUAUAAACACAAGAUACCAAUGAGAGUGAAGACACCACAACAACAACAACAACAACAGCAGCAACAACAACAACAACAACAGCAGCAGCAGCAAAAACAACUGCAGCAACAACAACACAAACAACAGCAACAGCAUCUGCAGCAAACACAACAGCAGCUUCGGCAACAGCAAAAACAUUUGAAACAAGAAAAACAACAAGAGAAGCAGGUAGUACCACAGCAGCAGAAGCAGCAGCAACAACAGAAAUUGAAGCGCCAACACUCCCAGCUUCAUUUUUUGCAACACCUUAAAGGGAAACUCCAAAAUAAACAAAAGCAGUUGCAACAGGAGUCUGGCUGGCAGACUGGACUGAAGAAACAACAAAAACAACAACAACAACAACAACAUCAAGUGCAGCAGCAACAACAAGUGCAGCAGCAAACGCAUCUGCCAUUACAUUGUCGGCGAGAAGACCAGCAUCUUCUUUUAGUCAACCAUAACAAUAACAGUCAAAAGGAACAACGAAGUUUGAUUAAAAUCGAUGCACGUCUUCGACCACAGGGGGAAGAGAAAGACCAAGGAAAACGGCAACUGAAAUUACAUCAACAACAACAACAACAAAAACAACAACAGCAGAAGCAGCAGCAAAAGGAAGAGAAGGAUCAUCAUCAUCAUCAUCAGCAGCAGCAGCACCAACAACAACAACAGCAACAACAAAAGCAGCCUCAGGAUCAUAAAGAGUGCCCAGAGAUUCCGGUAAAUGUUUUGGCGGAGACAGGUGUAGAUGUGACAUCUGGAGUAGUUUGUAAGGAAGUUGGACUUCCGUUACGAUAUGUACUGACCAACCAUACAAUGGGACAGACCAAAAAAACUGAACUAGACAAGAAUUCUAUUGCAAACGACAUGGAAUCUCGUGAGAAAGACAUUUCUCAUGCAUUGAAGUGGAUUCAACAAGAAAUGCUUCUGAUGAAAGAACAAGACAAACUAUUGAUUCGAAAAUUUAUUCAUCUGCGAAACAUCAUCCAAAAAUUGAAAUGCACAAUGGAGAAACCAUUUUCAACCUCUGACAUCAAUGAUGUUGUUUCCUUUGAGAACUUGAGUUCUUCUUUAUCACAAAUCUCUCUGCAAGAAGAUAUAUUUGAUGAUGUGGCUUUCCAGGUUAUGGAUGACCUUCAAGAGUGAACAAUGUCACAUGCAACAUUUCCAUAUACAAGCAAUGUUAGAGUUCUACAGACACCAAACUGGAAGAGAGAGAGGAAUUUGACAGAUAUGGUGAUGGUACAAUGGAAAUAUUCCAAUCUGGUAAUGUCUGACUCUGAUUAUAGACAGUGGCCAUACUGGAGUACUGCCAUCAGGAAUUAAUUGUAGAUUUUGGCUAAGUUGAACUUUAUAGUGUAAAAGGAUAAAAUUUGCAUGGAACAUUCUCACAAAAUAUUUUGUUUUGAUGCAACAAUUUAUCAAGAAUCCCUUGGCAAUAUACACACUCCCCCACCACACACACACACAAACACACAAGCUUCUGCAUAGGUUUCUCAUCUAUUAAAUUUCCCUCACCGCACCAUGGUAGAAGGCAUUUACCAAAGUACCAAACAAGGAAUCAAACCUGGAUUAACAUCACUGUGCAGCAAACAUUUUACCUGUAUAACCAUUCCUACACCCAUGGACCCAGGGACAGGAGGUGCAAGGGGUGCAAGUGCACCUCCUAAAAUUUUUGUCGGGUGCAAAAUUUAAAUUUGUACCCCUUUUAACUCUUGUCAGGUUUAUAAAGCAGUGCAUAAAAAUUGAUUUGUAAUAUGUCUCUUAGAGUUAGUUUUCUUCUCAAAGAACAAAGAACAAAAAGAAAUUUUUUUUAAAUGUAAUAAGACUUUGUAAGAAUUUUGGACAUGGGUUUGCACCCACUAAACAAAUUUCGUUCCCAAGCCAGUACCUACAUCCACAUAUAUGUGUGUGUGUAAGAAGUAAAAGGGAUUAAUAAAUACAGACAGAUAUCUAUAAAGCAUUCAGUGUUAAACAAAUUUGGUUGACUAUACCUAACAAUCAGAUACUAAUUAGUGCAAGUAAAAUUAACAUCCAAGAUAAUUUCAAGAAAUUCGAAGAAUGAGACUUCACUGGUAUUUAAUACCUUUUACUGUAUCUAAAUAUGCUGGCACCAUAGAAACAAUCAUUGGUAAUGUAUGGUGUAAUCACCAAUUAAAGAUGUGAUUUUCUCCAUUCUUAUUCUUGUUAUAUGUAUAUACGAGGGGAUGCUGAAAAGUUCGUGGCUUUGGGUAAAAGAAAUACAGGAGGAUCAGUUAAUUAUGAUUAUAUCUAACAUAUCCCCCUCUCAGAUUUACACACUUAUUGCAGUAGUCCUUCAGUUUUUUUAAACCCUGUAAAAGAACUUGGAAGGUUUGGCCUCAAACCAAGCCUUUCACGAUACCCUUAAAGCCAGGAUCUUUUCAGCACCCCCUCGCAUAUAUCAUCAUUUUACACCCCUUUCUCCAUGCUUGAAUGGAUUGGAUGGGUCCUUUUCAAUUUAGCACCUCAUCACUUGCUCGAGCUCUUUGUCAUCUUCUUUGUAAGGGUCAUUCUCUUGAGAUUAACUUUCACCUGUUCUUUCCGUGUCGUUCUUGGUCUUCCCACUACAUUACACCAUGAUACUCCUUAUACAAUAACAUGUCUGUACCAGCUCAGUCUUUUCUCUUGGUCAUCUGAUUUCUCUUAUACUCAGUUUUUUUUCUCUCUGCUUCUUUCUUCUUGAUCAAUCAUAUACUUCUUACUUUGGCAUAUGUCACCAUAUUUAAUGCCCAUGUUUUGUUCACUUGUGACAUUUCAGUCUGUACACAGGCAUCUGCUAGCAGAAACAAUAAUUUCCUGAACUUUUUCCUCUCAGCUUUUAGUCGGGUUACAAUGCCUUCCAAACAACCUCUUUCAUUGUAAUAAAGUCACUUCAGUAACGAACCCUAUCAUUUACAUCUAAAGGUCCUUCUAAAUAUUUACAAGAAUUUAUUAUAACAAGUGCUUUUAUUGCUAACAACUCUUGUGCAUCUGCUUCAAAAUCCUUCUUCCCUCUCAGCUUAUAUGUGAUCCCACUGUAUCUCAUGUAAGUAAGUAAAAUCCCUAGUUACUGACUGGAAGGGGAAGCUGUCUUUUCAACCAAUAUGCUGCUGGAUAAUGGAUUCUGAUGAUGAUGUUAUUCCACACUUUCUAAUUCAUGGCACUGGCCUUAACAUGCUCAAGGUCGAGGUAUUGUGACUUCAGAUCUUCUUCAAUUUGUUUCGCCCAUGUCUUCUUGGUGUACAGUGCUGGAUUCUCCAGAGCAAAGAUCACUGCCACCACAAAAGUUGGUGAGGUAAUCUUCCCAAGGCUCAUCCUGCAGAUGUAGCUGAACAACAGUUUACAUAGAUUAUGCCAUAUGGCAUUCUUUCCUUUUCUACUUAUCAAGAAUGACCAUUUCCCAGAUGGUAACAGAAUCUUGACAUCUUUUCUGUCAUCUAAAACUUUUAUUUUUGUUAAAUUUGCUUCAAGAUAUCUUGAUUAUAGGUUUUGAAUCAACAUUAGGAAUUUCUCUAAUUCUUCAACAGAUUCAACGCUAUCUAAACUGAAGCAAACCAAAGAACUUAAUAUAUCAACUGGGUGGCAACUUCUUUUUUCUGUAGUUUACACACAAAUAAUAAAACUGAGAAUUCUGACACAAUCUAUUACUGAAAGGUUCAUCAAGCAGUCUUAACAGAUUAGUCUUAGCACCACUAAUGAGUUAAUAGAUUGGAGAUAACACUAUUAAUGUCUAUACUGAAGUAUAUCUUAUCUGAUCAGUCUUAACACCACUAAUAUCUUACCUGAUCAGUCAUAACACCACCAUCAUAACUGACCAGUCAUAGUACAACUAAUGUCAUAACAGAUCAACACCAAUAUAUCAAUAUUAAUAGCAGCAUUUUGUCUGUCCUGAGUUCAAAUUCUGCUGAGGUCGACUUUGUUUUUCAUCUUUUCAGGGUUAAUAAAAUAAAUACCAGCUGAAAACUGGGGUCCACAUGUAAUCAACUAACCCCCUUCCCCGAAAUUGCUGGCUUUGUGCCAAAAUUUGAAGCCAAUAUUAAUGUCUUAACUAAUCACUUACAUCACCCCAGUGCUUAAACUGUACUGCUGUUUUAACUGAUCAUAGCCCACCAUUGUCUUAAUUGAUCAGUUAUUGCAGCACCAAUGUCUUAACUGUUAUGAUGUUUUUACAAAUAUUUAUAGUACUAUCAAAUGUCCUAACUGAUUAGCACAUCCUUAUUGUGUCUAUUGUUAUACACUGUCCCAAGAACAUUAGUAAUUUUGUUAAACAAAGUGAAUCAGCUUUAAUUGAACCGCUACUUUGGUUCAUUAGGUUUCAUUAUCUCGUAACUCGACAAUACUCACCAUUAAGUGUGUAUAAACAUUUUAUUAGUGGCAUGCAGAACAACUUCCUGUUUUAUUUUUCUUGAUAAUGGGAAUUUUUAACCAACAAACAAACCAAUAAAUAAACAAAAAGAAAUAAUAAAUAGUACUCUAUAAUAUUUUGAUUUGAAAUACCAAA